UGAUGCUCCCUGGGCCUCCUGACCGCGCCCUCGCCGGGGAGGCGGGGCGGGCCGGGCCGGGCUUUCUCUGUGACGUCACAAAGGCCCCGCCAUGCCUCUGGCCUUGACUCUUCUGCUGCUCUCCGGCCUGGGCGCCCCCGGAGGCUGGGGCUGCCUGCAGUGCGACCCCUUGGUGCUGGAGGCCCUGAGUCACCUGCGCUCCGCCCUCAUCCCUGGUCGCUUCCAGUUGGAGCAGCUGCAGGCGCGCGCCGGGGCCGUACUGAUGGGCAUGGAGGGGCCUUUCUUCCGGGACUACGCGCUGAACGUGUUUGUGGGGAAAGUGGAGACAAAUCAACUGGACCUUGUGGCGUCCUUUGUCAAGAACCAAACGCAGCACUUAAUGGGUAACUCUCUGAAAGAUGAGCCUCUGCUGGAAGAGCUGGUGACCCUCAGGGCAAAUGUGAUCAAGGAACUCAAGAAAGUUUUAAUUUCAUAUGAAUUAAAAGCCUGCAACCCCAAACUUUGCCGCUUGCUAAAAGAAGAGGUGUUGGACUGUUUACAUUGCCAGAGGAUUAGUCCCAAGUGUAUCCACAAAAAGUACUGCUUUGUCGACCGGCAACCGCGCGUGGCCCUGCAGUACCAAGUGGACAGCAAAUACCCGAGGAACCAGGCGCUGUUGGGCAUCCUCAUUUCUGUGUCUCUGGCUAUCUUUGUCUUCGUGGUCAUCGUGGUCUCGCUUUUUCUCUCUGACCAGGGCUUGUACAUACAAACAAAACCGAAAACUCCUGCUGCAGUAGGACGGUGGUUUGGGGGUAAGGAGAAAGGAAAAUAAAUUUAAUGAAAUUGGUGACAAA